AUGAAGGGUACACUAGUGUGCCAAAACAGCGUACAGAGUGUUCUGUCCCUGGCUGCUCCAUCCACCCCUGCUAGAGCAAUGCAUUCCACAAAUUGCCACUCCCGUUCCACCCUAGCCACUCACUCACCAAUCCGCUUCGUCAUUUCUCUCCCCGCCUCUACCACCGUGCCUUGCCCACCCGGCGCGCGCCAGCACGACGACGAGAGCAGCGACGGCGGCGUUAUCAGCGACGAUGGGGUUCGAGAAGCAGCUGCUCGCCGCGGGAUCGGGGCCCACGCCCAGGAAGGGGCAGACCGUCACCGUGCACUGCACCGGCUACG